AUGCAGAGGAGUCCCUACACAGCAUGUAAAGCUACGCAGCAAGAUCAUAUGAAUGGAAAUGUGUCGUCUUGCAGUAUCAAGGCCCUAGAGAGCCACGGGCAGCUAAAUCCGAAGGACAGCCAGGACUCUGAAGACCCCAGAGAAUACUGUUAUGGUGGGUACCACCCUGUGCAGAUAGGUGACAUCCUGAACAGAAGGUACCAGGUGGUUUCCAAGCUUGGUUGGGGCUAUUUCUCCACCGUCUGGCUGUGUCUGGAUCACACACUCGGUCUGCGCGUUGCUGUGAAGGUGCUGAAGAGCGGAGCUGACUUCACUCAGGCCGGACAGGAUGAACUCGCGCUCCUACGAUGUGCCAGUGGUCCCACGAGCCGUCACCCCUCAAGUCGAAGAAUUGUCCAACUGCUGGACGAGUUCAAGCUAGCCGGAGUCAACGGGAUCCAUAUAUGCCUGGUGCUGGAGCUGCUGGGACCUGACCUGAGGAGCUGGCAGCUUUGUUUUGGGAACCCAGGACUGUCGCAGCCUUCGGUCAAACAAAUACUCACUCAGGUCCUGCAGGGUCUGGACUACCUCCACACUCAGUGUAAAAUCAUCCACACGGAUAUCAAGCCUGAGAACGUCCUGCUGUUUCAUCAAGAACUGUCCCACAUAGAACCAUCAGGGGGCAGCAGCUCCUCCUCUUCCUUCUCUGUACUGACCGGGAAAGAUGCCAACUCAGCAGUGAAGGAGCAGUCGAGCCCUUACAGUUUAAAGAAUGUUACAGUGAAGAUCGCUGACCUGGGCAGCUCCUGCUGGGUGUACAAACAUUUCUGUGAGGAGAUUCAGACUCGUCAGUAUCGCUCACUGGAGGUCUUACUGGGAUCUGAGUACGGCCCACCUGCGGACAUCUGGAGCGUCGCCUGCAUGGCCUUUGAGUUGGUCACUGGAGACUCCCUGUUUGAACCCAAAGCAAACGAGUCCAUUUCCCUGGAGGAAGACCAUAUAGCCCAGAUCAUGAAGCUGCUGGGUAAAAUCCCACCAGCUCUUGCCUUUUCGGGCAGAUAUUCUGCAGACUACUUCAGCCGCAGAGGUGACCUAUGUCGUGUUGGUCCACUGAGGCUCUGGAGCCUCUACGAUGUUCUGGUGGAGAAAUACCACUUCCUGUUGGAGGAGGCCUCUGAAUUCUCAGACUUUCUACGCCACAUGUUGGAUUUUUAUCCAGAGAGGAGAGCCACUGCUGCGCAGUGCCUCCGCCAUCCUUGGCUGACCUCAUGAUGGUUUCCUAAAUUCCUCGCAGGCCUCAUCUUCAUACCCAUGUGCCUGUCAUUCUUAUAAUGCUUUUAGCAAGAAAUCGAUCAGCUCAGAUUGUCCAGCCACAAACUCUCUCUGUAAGAUGUUAGAAAUGCACAGAGCUGACAGAAGUAUUUGGAGGAUUGUUUUUUUUUUCACUCACUUUGAUUUGUGAAUUGCUGUAAAAAGUUGUCCCUCACCAGAGAAUAUUAAUAUUGCACUUUAUGCUGAUUAGGCAUCUUUCCACAUAGAUCCCUGCUUGUGUAGCUUAUGAGACCUUUGAGUCCAAUAAGUAGGAGUUCAUUUGAUGAUUCUUUAUUAUUUGUUGCUACACAAACAAGCAUUACAGGUCUUGCCAGUUUAAAGUUGUUAAUUUGAAGCUAAAAUAAA